AUGUCCUUCGUACACGCUCCGAUGGCUCGUCAGCCUCUUGGUGGGCGUCUAAGGGAAUCUACAGCGACAAGUGGUCGCACGCUGAAGAUUGUCACGGAAGUUGGGUCUACAACGUCACUAACAGGUGGUACGGGGAUGCUGAGCGGUGCAUCUCCGUUUGGCCAGAAUGCCGCGUUAACAAUCCGUGAUAGCCGCGAGCGGGAGAAGAAGGAAAUGAGUGAUCUGAACGAUCGUCUUGCCACCUACAUCGAAAAAGUGCGUUUUCUGGAGGCACAGAAUCGAAAACUAGCCGCAGACCUCGAUCUUCUGCGUGGUAAAUGGGGAAAAGACACAUUCAACAUCAAAAUGAUGUACGAAGGAGAGCUUGCCGAAGCUCGUAAACUGAUCAAUGACACAGCUCGGCAACGUGAUGAUCUGGAAAAACAAAUUCACAGAAUGCAGAAUGAGCUGUCUGAAUACCGCAAGAGGUUUGCAUUCAAGGAAUUUGAUACUGAAAUUUUGGAAAUUCUUCUCAAAUUCCUAAUAUUUUUUCAAAUCCUCUUCAUCAAAAUUACGUGUACCAUAGUUGGCGUAUGGUCUGAAAUGCUUCAGCGCCACCGCUAA